GACUGGAUAUUUUGGUUGGUGGACUAUUCUCAGUCCAACAGUGACACGGAGUACUCCGUAGCACACUAAUAUACACAAAUAGUGGGGCAGUCUGCAGAUGAGGAAGGGACCAGAGCGGAGGAAGGGUUGGGCAAUAAACAGCCGAGGGAACUUCUCAGUCCUUAUCAUUCAGCACAGUCUGCCCUGGAGUCAUGCAGCUCUUUCUGUUUCUCCUGCUGAGCUUCGGAGGAGCCCUCAGCCUCAAAAUCUGCUCCUUCAACAUACGAUCCUUUGGAGAAAACAAACUCUCCAAACCAGAAGUGCUGAACGUAAUACUGGAGAGUAUUGUUCGAUGUGACCUCAUGCUUGUCAUGGAAAUCAAGGACGCAAAGGGUGAGGCCUUCCCUCAGCUGAUGACUCACCUGAACAGGAGGUACAAAGGCAGGAAGCCGGAGUAUGGCUUUGUGAUCAGUCAGAGACUUGGCCGAAAGUCCUACAAGGAGCAGUAUGCCUUUAUCUACAGGCAGCGGUCAGUAUCCGUGAAGUCUGUUUAUCAGUAUCCCGACAUGCAGACUGAAGACGUUGACGCGUUCGCUCGGGAACCUUUCGUUGUGUGGUUUUCAUCACCAACAACAGAAGUCAAAGAGUUUGUUAUCAUCCCCAUUCAUACAACUCCAGAAGCAGCGGUUAAAGAAAUAGACGAGCUGUACGAUGUCUUCCAAAACGUCUCACAGCACUGGCAGUCAGAGAACUUCAUCAUCAUGGGAGAUUUCAAUGCCGCCUGCGGCUACGUCCCCAAGAGAGAGUGGCGUAACAUUCGUCUGCGCUCUGAUACGAAGUUCCUGUGGCUGACGGACGAUAAACUGGACACUUCAGUGAAACAGUCCACGAGCUGCGCUUACGAUAGGGUGGUCCUCCGUGGAGAGAAGAUGAUCCAGGCCGUUAAAGUGGAUUCAGUGGACGUUUAUGACUUUAAACAGGCGUUUGGGCUCACAGAGCAGGAGGCCCUGGCUGUGAGUGACCAUUUCCCUCUUUGCUUCUCUGUGAAUGCGGCCAGGAGACGUGGCUGAGAGAUUUUUGCUGGUUUCAUGUUUAAUGCUAAAGUAAACUGGGUAACACUUUAUUUGGAGUGGACCUUUGUAGAUGAUUAAUAAACUCUUAACAGAUUAUCAGUAACACGUCAACAACAUAUCAGUGAAGUAGCUGUAGUGAAGCAAUCUAGUGAAUACACUGAAGUAAAUAUCUUGUAGA